AGUACUUGAUUAAAAGAAGUAAUGAAAUGGUAGUUGCGUUUGUUCGUUAUUUGAAUGCUUCCAGUGAUUCAGAGAUACACUGUUUGCUAUUAUAGGUGUGAUCACUGUAAGGCAUUAGCGCCGGAGUAUGCAAAGGCGGCGAAAAAAUUGAAGGUACCAUUGGCUAAAGUGGACGCUGUCGUUGAAACAAAACUUGCAGAAACUUACAACAUCAAAGGAUUUCCAACAUUAAAACUUUGGCGAAGUGGCAAAGAUCCAAUCGAUUAUAACGGUGGACGAGAAUCUGAUGAGAUUGUACAGUGGGUUUCGGAGAAAACAGAUCCCACUUAUGAAUCGCCUUCGUCAGCAGUAGCGAAGCUAACGAAAGAAGUAUUUAGUGAAUUUAUCACCUUACAUCGACUCGUAUUAAUUAAAUUCUAUGCACCAUGGUGUGGCCAUUGUAAGAAACUCGCACCUGAAUAUGAAAAAGCUGCCAAAAAACUUAAGGGUACAGAUAUAAUGCUUGCAGAAGUGGAUUCUACAACUGAGAAAAAUUUAUCGGCGGAAUUUGAUAUAACUGGUUACCCAACUUUGUAUAUCUUCCGAAAUGGAAAGAAGUUUGAUUACAAAGGACCUCGUGAUGCAGAAGGUAUUGUAAAAUACAUGCUUGAACAAGCUGAACCUGCUUUAAGGAAAAUUACCAGUGUGAAGGAGGCUCAGCAUUUUAUGCGCAAAGACGAUGUAACAGUCAUUGGUUUUUUCAGUGAUGACAAGACAGAAUUAUUGGAUUCUUUAAGUAAUGCAGCUGAAAUGAUGCGAAAUGAUUUCAACAUUGCUGUUUGUUUGGAAGUAGACGUUAAAAAACAUUUUCAAAUUGAUUCUGAUCGAAUUGUCAUGUUUUUCCCUGAAAUAUACUGGAGCAAAUACGAACCGAAGCGAAUCGCUUACGGAAAGGAAGUCGGUACUGUGGAAGAUUUGGUAACAUUCCUUCAAGAAAAUUCGACUCCUCUUGUAGGCCAUAGAACCAAAAAAAAUGUUGCGACUAGAUACACUAAAUUCCCUCUCGUUGUAAUCUAUUAUAAUGUUGAUUUCUCAUUAGAAUAUCGCGAAGGAACGCAAUAUUGGCGAAAAAAGGUGUUAGAAAUCGCAAGUCAGUACAGGAAGGAUAAGUAUCAUUUUGCAGUUUCAGACGAAGACGAGUUUGCAGAUGAGCUCGCAGCGGUAGGACUAGAUGACAGUGGACUAGAGCAUAACGUUUUAGUCUUCGGUUAUGAUGGUAAAAAGUACCCGAUGCGUCCUAAUGAAUUCGAUAAUGAAUUAGCUGAGAAUCUUCCGGCUUUCAUGAAAAAACUGUCUUCAGGUAAAAUAAAACCGUUUGUGAAGUCUGCACCAUUGCCAAAGGAUGACAAGGGUCCGGUAAAAACUGUGGCUGCAUCAAAUUUCGCUCAGGUUGUAUUUGAUGAAACGAAAGAUGUACUGGUGGAGUUUUAUGCACCGUGGUGCGGGCAUUGCAAGGCAUUCGAGCCAAAAUACAAGGAGUUGGCAAUGAAAUUAAAAAGCGAACCAAAUUUGCUGCUUGUAAAAAUCGAUGCAACAGUCAAUGAUAUUCCGAAAAAUUAUGGUAUAAGUGGUUUUCCAACAAUCUAUUUUGCACCAGCUGGUAAGAAGAAAGAACCGAUCAAAUAUGAAGGAAAUCGUGACUUGAAUGACCUCACCGAUUUUAUGAAAAGGCAUGCCUCUGUUGCAUUUCGGAGCAAAACUGAACUGUAGAAUUAAUAUGGAACUAUCUUUGGGCUCACGUUAAUUAUUGUGACAACUUCACUUUCAUAUUUUAUAUUCAGAAGCCUUUUGAAAUAAGGUUCCUGAGUUGCAUGAGAAAUGGGAUAGUUCUUCCGGGUAUACUAAGCAUUUUCUUGACUUUUUGAUAUGAUGACUCUUCUAUCUCGUUUUUUACUGUUAAUUUUGCUGCUUUUGAUGCUUUGUAAAAAGUCCUUGCCAUUUAUUAAGCCUUUAAUUCUAAUCAAUUUUUGAUUCUUCUCCAAUUUCUGUAAUUCUUGUAGAAAAUUUCAGCGUCCUAAAAGGACUUACCAGAAGAUGGCAUAACUUAUUCCCUGUUUUUAACUCAUUCCGUCUUCGAACAGUGAAAGGGUUUAUAUUUUUCGGGAUAUUUUUCUUAAUAAAAUUCAUUUAGAGCAGCAUUCUUUUCAAUUUGCACUUAUUGAUUGUAUUUUCAUUUCUGUUAAAUUUGCUCUUUAAUUUCGAAUGUAUUCUCCUGUAUCCUCUCUAUACGUGGAGGUCUACUUUGAUAUGAUCAUUAUUCAAUCCAUCAAUUCUGGAGUUAAUAUUAGGACUGUGAACACUCC